CACGAACCACAGCUCCAGCAGACUUCAAGACUCUCGCUCGUCCCGCGCCAUGCCUCCGAAGAUCGUGUACGGCAGGAAGACUGCCGCACGUCCCGUCUCUACCAGCUACUCGACGCUUCUAUCUCCCGAAAAAGACGCGCUGUUCACAAAGGCAAAGCACGAAUCGAAAGACAAACCCAAGGAAUCGAAGCCGCCGCCGAAGAUAACCGAACAAGGGAUACAGGAUGAGCUGGCAGCACUGGAGGCACAACUUGGUGGACUAGCGAUAGAGAGUAGGCCUGAGGAGGCCGCUGUUCAGAAGACUGAGGGCAGGUCCAGGAAGGCUCUUGAGGUCUGCGAUGCAAACACAGUGCCGAAGAAGGAUGCGAGAUGUGGGGAGAAAGCGCAGAAGGGAGACACAAAAGAAUUGGCCCGACCGCAAGAAUCCACAAUACCAAGCACACCCCCGCAGACGCCGAUCGCAAAACCGAAGAAGAAGAGGUCGAGACCUACCACAUCCAAGAAGAAAGCGCAAUUGCCUACGCCAGAGCCUACUCCAGAGCGAGACGAUAUAUACACGCAAUACGUUGCGCCGUUACUGCCGUACAGCGACACGAGGAGGGUCACGACGUUUGAACAAUGGUCUGCAGAGCUGGAGCCACUCUUCAAGAUUACCAAGAUUGCAGAGGCCUCGUUCUCUGAGGUUUACCGCUUGUCGGCUAUAUCCGCUACAACAGGUCUCAAUGAAGAGUCGGUACUGAAGGUGGUCGCCUUGAAGACUCCACCAAAAGCACUUUUGCCAUGCCAGAGGGCAGAGCGCGCGUUCAGAGAUAUGGAUGGCCAGAUAGCAAAGGAGCUUGAGGAAAGAGAAGAGAAGGACGUCUACAAAUCGCAUGUCGCUGAUAUUUUGUCCGAGGUCAAACUCCUGCAGAAUUUGAAUUACAUCCCUGGGUUUACAAACUUCCGCGAUCUUGCCAUUCUCCAGGGCCGACCCUCGACAUCGUUCUGCAAUGCAUGGAAGUCAUGGAACAAAGCAAGGCCCCGCGGCAAGAAAAGCUGCUUCCCUGAUCCAAGCAAGAAAACCAGCUAUGAGGACACGCAGCUUUGGGCCGUCGUAGAAAUGCAGGACGCUGGCAUGGACUGCGAAAAGCUCAUGGAGGCUGAGGGGCUGGGAACAAUUUGGGAGAUCUGGGAUGUCUUCUGGGGUGUCUGCUUGAGCAUUGCAAAGGCCGAAGAAGCCUGUCAAUUCGAACACCGGGACCUGCACAUGGGCAACAUCUGCGUCCGCUCUUCCCGGCCACACAACAAUAUCAUGCAGCCCACCAUCAAAGACCCCCUGCGCCGCCGCUUCGGCUUCACCGGCUUCGAAACCACAGUCAUCGACUACACCCUGUCCCGCGCCGACAUCGUCGCCCCGCCCUCCUCCCCCUCCACACUCACCUCCACCCCCCAAAAACCCGCCUUCACAGGCCACGAAGUCGCAUACCUCGACCUCAACAAAGACCCCGCCCUCUUCGAAGGCGACGCCUCGGAAGAAUACCAGUACGAAAUCUACCGCUACAUGCGCGGCGCCGCACUCUACAACAACCCGCUGCAAUCCGCGCCCUCCCCCCCGCGCGCCCAAGACCCCGCCUCGCCCCCCGCGACCCCGCGCCGCUCCCCGCGCAAAAACACACACAUCCGCUUCGGCGAGAUCCCAGAGACCCCGCAGCCUUCCCGCACACCCCCACAAGACACGAAUAUCUGGCGCGCCCACCACCCGCUCACGAACCUCGUCUGGGCGCACUUCCUGCUGCACAAACUGCUCGCCCACCUCGAGGGCUACGAGCCCGCGCGCCAGUCUCCCGACGACGUAAUGGCGGGCGUCGAUAUGGGCGCCGACGCAGACAUCCCGGGGGCCGCGGCCAGGGUCAAGAAGAAGGCGGUUAAGUUGCAUAAGGUGCUGGUGCGGGUCGGGGAGAUGCUGUGUCCGGUUGCGUUGGGCAGGGGGGAUGGGGAGGGCGGGUUGAGGGAUGGGGGGGUGAAGGGGUUGGUGCUGUUGGCGGUUGGGGAGGGGUGGUUGAGGGUUGGGGAUGUGGGGGUGUGA